AUGGCUGCUAAAGGUGCACCAAAGAGCGUGCAAGAAUUGGAACUCAUACUAUCUGGGGACAACAAAGUCAAAGUUGCGGUGGAUGGCGUGCUGCGUGGGAAAUUCAUAUCGAAGUCGAAAUUCCUUAGUGUAGCAAAAGAUGGCUUUGGGUUCUGUAGCGUUAUAUUUGGAUGGGACAUACAUGACACGGUUUACCCAAAGGAAUUGCUGAUUUCGAACAGGAACAAUGGGUAUAGGGACUUACUUGCCGCAAUCGACCUCUCCACGUACCGCCGAAUUCCCUGGGAAAACGAUGUGCCAUUCUUUCUCCUUUACUUUCUCGACCCGGAAACCAAGAAGCCCAUCUCUGUUGAUCCUCGAGGAACGCUCCGGAAGGCUGUCUCUCAAGUGGAAGCGAAAGGCUGGCAAUGCAUUUCGGGUAUAGAAUUCGAGUAUUUUCAAUUCCAAGAGACCCCUUACUCCGUGGUGGAGAAGAAAUACGUUGAUCUUAAACCGCUGACACCUGGAAUGCAUGGUUAUUCACUUCUGCGACCAUCACUGAACAAUGAGUAUUUCCACGAUCUUUUCGAUGUGAGCCUGAAGAUGGGAGUCGAUAUCGAGGGUCACCAUACCGAGACUGGGCCAGGCGUCUUUGAGACAGCUUUGGCGUAUACCACCGCUCUUCGCGUGGCGGACAACGCCACACUGUUCAAACUCAUAGCCAAGAGUAUAGGAAUUCGGAGGAACAUUCUACCUAGCUUCAUGGCUAAGCCAUGGGCCAAUCUUCCAGGUUGUAGCGGACAUAUUCAUGUGUCCCUGAAGGAUACGUCGGGAAAGAAUGUUUUUUCUCUUUCUCCUGACGAAAUCAAGCAGGGCGGACGCAAAGACGCACGGUAUGAAGAUGUACAGUUCAUUAGCCAGGAAGGAGAGUGGUUUAUUUCCGGGCUUCUGGAUGGAUUGCCUCAUGUUGUCCCACUACUUGUACCCACUAUUAACGGCUACAAACGACUCGCAGGAGGAGAGGCAUUCUGGGCUCCAAACAAGUUGACAUAUGGUUACGAUUCUCGUGCAGCCUCCAUACGUGUUAUAUCUCCGCCGUCAUGCUCGCCCAGUGCAACUCGCCUAGAAAUUCGCAUUCCCGGCGCAGAUGUCCAGCCCCACUAUGCACUAUCUGCUAUAUUUCUGCUGGGCCUCCGCGGAAUUAACAAGAAGCUCGUGUUGCCGUUCCCACCGGUAUCACAGCAGCAGGCACAAGGCGACGAGGCACAAGUCGUCAAAUUACCCACCAGCCUGAAAGAUGCAACGGAAAAAAUGAUGCAGCCGGGUAGCAUUGCACGUGAGAUCCUUGGUAAUGAAUUUGUUGAUCACUUUGGCGGAACUCGACUUCACGAGGUAAAUGUCUGGGACUCGGCAGUCACCAACUGGGAACGUGAGUUUCAUCUCCAGAUUCUCGGAUUCAAGGUGUUGAUAGUGUUUUGA